AGGCUUGCUUGAGAGCAAAAACAGCCUGCAAUCAUAACCUACAACAGGCAAUGCUGGAAAAUGCGCUUUAAAAUCUGAUCGGAUGUGAAACAAAGCAACUUGAGACCAGCAGAAAUCUGAGAGAGAGAGAGAGAGAGAGAGAGAGAGAGAGAGAGAGAGAGGACGUUUCGUAAUGAUCUAACAGAAAAAGGAAGGAAGAUUUUUUUUUCUCUCUGUUGUUCUGCUCUGUUCCUGGUGGCGCUGAGAACUUUUUCUUUCGACUGAGGCAGAAUUGUGUUAUUGUUGUUGUUGUUGUUAUCUUGUUCCUGGAUCGUGCAUCCUUAAGCUGAAUAUCGUGACUGAUGGGAUUGGAUCGGAUCGGGUCGGAUCGGAAAGGGUCAGGCUUUAUUUUUAGCCCUGCAGUGUGUGUUGCUACAAAGUGAAACGGAGAUUUGGGCAUUCCUUCUGUGUGUGUGUGUGUGUGUGUGUGUGUGCGUCAGGACCACACAGUGUCCGUGCUGAAGAAGAAGACGGUGCAAUUCUAGGCUAUAUCCAAAAAAAAAAAAAAAAAAAAAAAUCAUAUUGCAAACAAACACGGAUAUAUAUUUUUUUAUUUUUCUCGUGUCGGUGUCUCGCGCGGAAUGCCGUGGAUCUGUGUGUGUGUGUGUGUGUGUCAGGACCGGAACGGUUCCGUGCUGAAGAAGAAGGCAAUGCAAUUCUAGGCUAUAUAUAUAUAUAUAUAUAUAUAUAUAUAUAUUACAAACACGGAUAUAUAUAUAUAUAUAUAUUCCCCCCCCCCUCGUGUCGGUGUCUCGCGCGGAAUGCUGUGGAUCUCUCUCUCACACACACACGCACACACACACACACACACUCUCUCUCCCUCUCUCUCGCGCUCUGUUUAUUGUUCCUAACCGAGACAGCUCAAUAAAACGUGUCACUGGGAUUAUGGGAAACUUCUUAUGCGACUUGCCGAUGGUCAAUAUUUAGCAGACAAUCGGAUGGAUUUUGUCGUUUUUAGAGAAAGAAGAAAAAGAAGAAAAAGAAGAAGAAGACAACCAGAAGAAAAAAAAACAACAACAACCAAACAAAAAAACAAAACAAACCCCUGUACUACUGGAUUACAGCAGCAGCAGCAGCAGUGUGAUUAUUAUUAUAGGUGGCUGUUUUUUUUUUUUAAUGAUUAAAACAAUCAAGCAAGAAGAAGAAGAAGAAGAAAGGAGGAAAUAAUCUGGCAUGGACGCGGCUCGUCGUGUCUCCCGGUUCGGUUUGAGAAACCACGGUUACACACCACACCGCGCGCGCUAGACUCGGACAGGACAAUGGUUCGGUUUGAGAGAGCCGCUCGGCCCGGUGUUUCCGCGCACAUCCGGAUCAGUGAAACAAAGAAUCGAUUUGCAUGAGGACAGGAUUCUCCGUUACACAUAUAACACACACACACACACACACCUUUUCUCCAUCAUCACGCCUUUUUUUUUCCUCCAAAACAAUAAAUCCAACCUCAUACAGAAAUCAAGCCUUAUACACAAGGAUCCUGUAGUUGCUGGUUUUUUUUUUUUCUUUAAACACGGAACCAUUUGGGCACCGUGGGCUCGAUCCUAAUAAGCUGAAGAUCGAUCAAGGAUUUCGACAUGCCCUACACUGAGGAAACCAUCGGCGGACCAGUAUGACUACAGCAGCGAACUGGGUGGCGAACGGGGCAAGCCUCGAGGACUGCCAUUCCAACCUUUUCUCUCUGGCGGAGUUGACAGGCAUCAAAUGGCGCUGCUACAACUUCCGUGGUGGCGGCGAAUAUGGACCUGUGAUCUCAGCUCCAGCACAGGAUGACCCGGUGCUGUGCAGCUUUACACGCUGCGUACAAGCCAACCUGCUGUGUGUUUGGCGACGCAGACUCAAACCUGACGCCAAGGAGCUCUGGAUCUUCUGGUGGGGCGAUGAACCCAACUUGAGUGACAUCAUACACCAUGAGCUCGAAGUGGUUGAAGAGGGACUGUGGGAAUGUGGGCUUUCCUACGAGUGCAGGACACUCCUCUUCAAGGCUGUUCACAACCUGUUGGAACGGUGCCUCAUGGACAAAGACUUUGUGCGCAUCGGCAAGUGGUUCGUCAAGCCAUACGAGCUCGAAGAGAAGCACCUGGGCGCCAGUAGCAGUGAGCACCUCUCGUGCUCCUUCUCCUUCUUCCUGCAUGGUGAGAGUAACGUGUGCACCAGCGUGGAGAUCUCGCAGCACCAGCCUGUCUACCACGUCACUGAGGAACAUGUGCGUCUGGCCCAGACCUCCAGCAGUCCCAUACAGGUGAUCCUGAGUCCUUACGGAUUGGGUGGCACUCUGACAGGCCAGGCGUUUAAGAUGAGUGAUCCGGCGGUACGGAAGCUGAUGGAAGAGUGGAGCUACUUUUACCCAAUGGUGCUGAAACACAGCAGGGGCGAGCAAGACAGCGACCUCAACUACGACCCCCACAGCCAUGUCGCUCUGGAGGUCAUCGUGGGUGGUGUGAGGAUGAUCUACCCUGCAGUCUUUGUGCUCAUUGCCCAAGCCGAUCUGCCUGUGGAACAGCCUCCUCCUGCCCAGGGAGCGCAAAGUGGCGCUCGAGACUCAUCAAACUGCGGCAUUCCCCUCACCCCUCCCACGUCCCCAGAGCAGCCCUGCUCCGGUGACAGCGGCUUUCAGACCGCAGUCUCUAGCGUGAGUAGUCAAGAGAGCGGAGCCACCCACAGCCCCAAGCAUUCGGAGAAAAAGCUCAGUAAUCAGAUGGUCCAUCAAGCAUGGAAGGAAUGCUACAUGAACCAAUUACAGCGCAAAUGCAAUCUGUCGAACGGUGUGGUGCCAAAGAAGGAAGUAACAAGCGAAGUAGCAGUGUGGGAUUUCACUGACCCGGGGGAGAGAGCCCCAUGCAGCUGUAACAGGUUGAGGCAGCAGUCGAAGCAGCAGCAGCAGCAGCAAGCAAACGGCUUCUCUGCCAAUUCCCAGCCCAGUACCAACUCCUCUUCCUCUUCCAGCUCUUCCUCCUUAUCCUCCUCUUUACCCCCACCUUCAACACCUAAAAGCAAGACUGCCGACAAAGCAGACAAGUCUGACAAGGUGCCCAAAAGGGCAGCCAUAACCCCCUUCCACCACCGUCUCUCUGUAGACCAGCAGCCAUGCCCAGAACAGGACACACCUCCCGGACCUCAACUGGUACUCGCAGCCUUGGACACUUCUCUGGAUACAUUGCCUGGCUGCAAGUACCCUAAGCCAAUGUUCACUGGCAGGAAAGGGCCCGAGUCUCUCCUCCAUUCUCCAGUAUCACCACUACCACCUACACUAAGCCCACACCCUAGGGUACAGGACCCAGAGGUUAUGGAGGCACCCAUGGAUGUUUCCCAAUGCCUAGAGGGCACACCUGUGCCUACAGCCCCAGAAAUGAGUGAUACUGCUCUGUAUACAGCCUCUCUAGCACCCAGAGAAGCCACCGGGGGUUGGUGGAAGAGUUACAGGACUCCCAGGGUAGACAAAGCUGAAUUCAAGCCACCAGAAUUGCCCUGUGAUAUGGUAGAGAUCAAAGCUGAGGGUGAAGGAACUGCCUUGAAAAGUUUUUUUGCACAGACGCACAAGAGGUUUAAGAUCUCAGAAGAGCGGCUCCAGGAGCACAUGAGCACUCUCGGGUUCCUCCAGCAGCCGGGAGUUGAAGGGCUUGGGGAAGCUGGAGAAGAUCCCUAUGACUUCAAGGAAGGGGACAUCGAGUACAGCUUCCCCACCUCCAAACGACUGAAGAGCCGAGAUCCGAGUCGGAAAUCAAAGCUGGAAUGUGUGUGUGUUUCUAAGGGAGAGGAAGUCAAUGGCAACAGUGCAGUCCCUGAAGGGAAAGAUGCCAUGUCCAUUUUCAGCUCCGCUCCUAAAUUUGCAGAGGAACUGGCUCAGGACGAGUCUGGGGGAAAGGCCAACCCGCCUCUGACCAGAGAGAAAGAUCUGAUAGUACUCAUAUCUGAUUUGGAAAACAUCUUUGGGGAGGAGGAAGAUGAUCUAGGGACCACUUUUCCUAAUCAUCAGCAGCCAUCCAAGACUGUGGUGCCAGGAGCUGAAGAGCGCCCCCUGGGGAUUGAUGGGAGAGUAGCAGUGCCAUAUCCCUCAACAGUAGCAGAGCUGCAGCGGAUGUUCCCCACUCCUCCAUCUCUGGAGCAGCACCCAGCAUUCUCACCAAUCACAACCUACCGAGACACUCCCAGCCAAGAAACCCCAGCACCCUCAGCAGGACACGAGCAUCCCCUCAACACACACACCAACAGCCAGCUUAGUGACUUCAGGUCUGAGAUGGACGAGAGUGUGACAAGCCCCAAAGCAGAGGACAUACGGCCACAGACAGGUUGUUCCAUGUUUGCUCCUCUCCGGACAUUACCCAGCCAGUGUCUUCCCCCGCUGAAGAUCCCUGAGCAGUGCUACUACAGACCCUCCUGGUCCAUGCUUCCCAAGAUGGAGCCCUACUGCCUCCCGAGCCAGGCCUCUUUUGUACGAGAUGGAUAUGUUAAUGUACCCAGCAUUGGCGCUCUGCAGGACCAAGACUACGCCCAGAUGAGCACUGGUACCGCAUCUGUUGGCACAGCAGGUGGAGUCUUGCCUUCACCAGCGACACCCCGUUUCUCCGUACCCACCCCACGCACCCCGCGCACCCCACGUGGUGUAGGCACUGCCAGUGGGCAAGGCUCGAUCAAGCAGGACGGUACAGAGCUGAGCUCACCCAUUUCCACACCGUCCACCGGCCUACCCCUGAGCUCGGUGGAGCCGCUGGCAUCAGGGCCUGUUUUGCCCGAGGCGCACAGCCUCUACGUCAUCCUGCUCCUCUCUGAUUCUGUCCUGGAUGUAUUCAAGGACCGCAGCUUUGAUAGCUGCUGCAUCUGUGCUUGCAAUAUGAACGUGAAGGGUGCUGAUGUGGGGAUUUAUAUCCCCGACUCCACCCGCGAGGAUCAGUAUCGCUGUAUGUGUGGCUUCAGUGCCAUCGCUAACCGACGUCUGGCGCAUGGUGCCGGACUCUUCCUUGAGGAUGAGCUGGACAUCUUUGGACGCGGCUCAGAGGCGGGACGGGCAGCCGAGAGGAGGCUGGCACUGGGCAGGAGGGACACACCUAGUGGUGGGAGGCGGGCCCAGGAGCAAACGCCAAUGGAGGUGUUAGAACUGAUUCAGGAGCAGUGUUCACAGCCUAUCUUGUCUGUGGCAUCGCUGCAUAGUCCUGCUGCUUGUUCUUGCCGUAGCAGGCAGAGGGCGCUGUUGCAGAGCUGGGUGGCGGAUCGGCUGUGGGCGGACAGCAGCGACGCAUGUGUGGAGUGUUACAACGCUCUGGUGCAGGGGCUGCAGUACGUGGACAAUGCAGCUGGUGGGAAGGUGGAGCAGGCUUUAGUGAGGAGCAGUGCCUUGCACUCCUGGCCUCAUACGAAUGUGUUGGAUAUCAGCAUGCUGUCCUCUCAGGACGUAGUACGCAUGCUGCUGUCUCUGCAGCCCUUCCUGCAAGAUGCCAUUCAGAAGAAGCGCACUGGCCGGACCUGGGAAAACAUACAGCACGUGCAGGGCCCACUCACAUGGCAGCAGUUCCACAAAAUGGCCGGACGAGGUUCUUACGGUUCAGAGGAAUCUCCAGAGCCACUCCCCAUUCCCACACUGCUGUUGGGCUAUGAUCGAGAAUUCCUGGCCCUGUCUCCUCUGGCGCUGCCCUUUUGGGAGAAGUUGCUUCUGGAGCCCUAUGGGGGUCAGAGAGAUGUUGCUUUCCUGGUCCUUUGCCCUGAUAAUGAUAUCCUGCUUGCUGGAGCCAGAACCUUUUUUCAGGAGCUCAGUGCUGUCUAUGAGUCAUGUCGGUUGGGGAAGCACCAUCCGCUGGCCCGGAUGUCCAGAGAUGGCGUAAUACCAGUGGGGCCAAUGGAAUCUGAGAAGCUAGAAGAGAACGGAAGAGAAGUGGAUGAGUGGAUGACAGGGCCAUGGGUAGGUCAAUACCGAGAGGAUCAUCUAAGCAAACUCAAGCUCUACGCCCAGACCUGCAAGCAGAAAUUAGCUCCACAGCUCUCAGCUCUGUUAUUAGACAGCAGUCUUCUCCUGCCCCCGAAGCCUCAACCUAGCUCAGCUCCUGCCCCUUCCUCCCAGCUGAACCCUGGCUCCGGGGCCCCUGAAGGAGAAACAGCAGCAGCAACAGCAGCAGCAGGAGGAGUCCCUGGAUCAGGAAACACGCCCACACCCACGAGUACCAGCACAGGCCAGGCCAGCACAGAAGGUGCAGAUACACAAAGUGUCUCUAACACAACACCAAACCAGCAGAGCCAUCCGACAGAGAAUGCUGAGAGCUUGGCAGAGCGAGAGCGAAUCGGCAUUCCCACGGCAGCACAGUCUGCGGAUAGCCACGCCUACCCUCCAGCCAUAGUGCUGUACCUGGUGGACCCCUUUUUGUGUUCAGGCUCGGGGGUGGGGUCAGGGGAGGAAGAGGAAGCAGAAGAAGUGGAGUCACGCAGCAUGUGGUUGCUGGCACUGCUACGCUGCUACACAGAUAUGCUGAGCACACUGCCAGAGAAUAUACAGUCAGCGCUGGUGCUACAGAUGGUGCCGUGUCAGUACCUGUUACAGCCGGCUAGUGGGGAGAGUCCGCUGUACCUGCAGCACCUACGGUCUCUGGCUUUCUCUGCCCACUCACAGUGCAGACGCCGGCUUCCUACACAGACGCACAUCAAAUCCCUCACAGGGUUUGGUCCGGCUGCUACCAUUGGCUCUUUGUUCAAGAGCGUGGAGAACCCCAGCUCUAUGCAAGUAUACUCUCCUCCAUUUGUCCUGGCCCCUCUGCGCACUAAGCAACCGGAUGUAGGAGAGGAAGCUUCCACCCGCUACAACGUGCUUUUUGUGGGCUACUGCCUGUCCCAUGACCAGCGCUGGAUCCUUGUUUCUUGCACUGAUCAGCAGGGGGAGCUCCUAGAGACCUGCAUUAUCAACAUUGAUGUCCCCAACAGGUCUCGCCGCCCCAAGUUUUCCCCACGCAAAAUAGGCCUGCAGAAACUGUGGGAGUGGUGUAUUGGUAUCAUCCAAAUGACAGCAAUUCCUUGGAGGAUUGUGAUCGGGCGCUUGGGUCGAUUAGGUCACGGCGAGCUGAAAGACUGGAGUCUGUUGCUGGGUGAACACUCUCUGCACUCGAUUAGCAGGCAGCUGCGCGAGGCAUGUCGCAUGUGUGGCAUUUCAGCCGCUGAUUCGCCGUCCAUCCUCAGUGCCUGCCUGGUCUCCAUGGAGCCCCAAGGUUCCUUUGUGGUCAUGCCAGAUGCCGUGACUAUGGGUUCAGUGUUUGGCCGCAGCACAGCUCUCAACCUGCAGACGUCUCAGCUCAACACCCCGCAGGAUGCUUCGUGCACCCACAUCCUGGUCUUUCCCACUUCCUCCACCACACAAGUGGCCCCAAGUUCCUACCCUACCGAGGACAACCCAGAUGAUAUAUUCGGCUUGCCGUUCACGGAUGACCUGGAGAAAGAUAUUGAGCACGAUAUGAUGCUGAUCACCGGAAACCUUCACGCUUCCCCUAACACCUCACCUGUGCCUUCCCCUGGCUCCCCCUCUGGUCUGGGGGUGGGCUCCCACUUCCCUCACACUCGGAGUCAGGGUGAGCGGUUAUUGUCCCGUGAGGCCCCUGAAGAGCUGAAGCAGCAGCCCCUGGCUUUAGGCUAUUACGUCUCCACUGCUCAGGCAGAAGGACUGCCUCACUGGUUCUGGGCCUCAUGUCCUCAAGCACAGAACCAAUGUCCACUCUUUCUCAAGGCCUCUCUGCACCACCACAUCUCCAUAGCUCAGACGGACGAGCUCGUCUCCAGCAAGACGUCCCAGAGGAACCCACAUCCACUGGACUCCAAAACCACUUCAGAUGUGCUCAGGUUUGUGCUGGAGCAGUACAACGCCCUCUCCUGGUUAACCUGCAGCCCUGCCACCCAAGACCGCCGCUCCUGCCUACCUGUGCACUUAGUCAUCCUCACACAGAUGUACAACGCCAUCCUCAACAUCUUAUAGGACUAGUGGAGUGAGGCCGGCACGGCUGGAAGCAGCUGCACGCCUCUGAAAUGGGUGCUUGGGACCAUCGUUCUGAAAUGUAGCCACCAUUCGGGAUGAGUUUGAAGGAGAAACUCUUUGCUCUAGCACUGCCUUCCUUUCUUUACGGGCCGGAUUUCUGGGCUUUUGAGUUUGAACCAACGAAGGCAGCUUGCGCUAUCCAUAGAGGCCAGUCAUCUUCUUGUUUUUGUUUUUUGGUGGAAACAUGCAACCAUCUCAGAAAUAAGCAUAGUACAAUCACUACCCUUUAACUCUGACGGGGUCAUAUGGUUCAAACUGGAGGAAAGGGUUUUGAAUCUUGCACUUUUUUGGAUAGAAAUUUGAGCUUCAAAUGGCAGCCAUACUUUUGAAAUUGUUUUUUUUUUCCCUUCCUGCCCUUUUCCUCCAUGUAGGACCCGAGAAAAGUGGGCUAGCUGGAUUAAUUAUUGAGUAAUAACACUAGGAUGGAGCUUAACAUCGUCCCAGAAGGCUCUGGUUGCCAUCAGCUGUCUUAUCACUUGGCCACAUCGCUAAGCUGAUGUGAUCUACAGAAAUAUAUGGAUCAGCUGGUAGACCUGAUUCGAACGCUAAGGCUACGUUCACAUUACAAGCCUUUUUUCACAAUUCUGAUUUUUUUCGCUCAGAUUGGAUUGCUCACGUUUGUCACUGUAAGUCACUCCUAUAUUCAGUUACUUCGAACACUACUCAGUUUGCGCUAAAUUCCUUCAAGUUGUUCUUGAAUCAGUUCCCUACACAUGUGUGAAUCCACCAGAUUUUCAUACCAGAUGCUCAGAUUAUGGCUUUUACCUACUGCAUUAAACUACCGUAUACAGAAAAUACAACCCAAAGUGAAAUUGGAUGAAGGGACGUUACUGUAAAUCGGACAUGAAAUCAUGCGCACGCAACCCAAAAUGCUCCAGGCACUGACUACGGAUCCUACAGAACCUUGUGAAUCCAUCAGGAGGCAAUCUCAACUGUAGAUUAUUGGUGAAUUUCUCAGAAUUGUCGAGCAACAGACUACAAAAUGCUGCUCAGAAGGUUGUGAACUAUUACGUGGUGAACUAUUAGCGCCGCCAAGUGAAUGUUGCGCGAAAACUGCACGUGCACGGUCGACGCGUUUUCACGACAAAUCAAAAUGUAAUUCGCUGAUUUUUAUGGCAGAAGGAAGAUCUACGGUAUACUCGUCUCAGUAUGAUGUGGAUGAUGUUAAAAGUGUAUCCCGUAGAGGCGCUGUUGAGGUGAUCAUUCGUUGGAUCAGCCAGCAAAAACGGUGCAAAAUAUCACAUUCUGUAAACAGAGCAUCUGGUAUAAAAAUCCCAGGGCGUGAUACAUAUAAAGAUGUGCAUGUGACCACUAUCAACAACCACUUAUCAGAUACAUAUCCAAUCCAGGACCACAUAUGAAAGAGACUCAGGUCUGAUUUGAAAAGAUCGGACUACAGUAUCCACAAAAUCCUGUCACAUUGAGCCAAAAAAAAAAAAAAAUCAGACGUGCCUGUAUGCACCAGUGUGAACGUAGCCGAAGGUUCUGUCACAGCAACAGCCAUUUUCCCACAAGCCCUCAAGAUUAAUGGAACACCACACACGCAUCUCCACUACGGCCGAAACCAAUAUGCAAGAGACUCUCUCCAUCGCACUCUAAACUGCCCACAGCGUAAUCAGCCCAGAGGCUCAUGGACCAGCAAGAGGAGCCCAGCUACACCUUCUUCUUCUUCUUCUUUUUUCCUUUUAAACAACCUUGUAAUCUAUUGUACAAAGCUCUUCUGAUUAUAUCUCUCUCAAUUUGUACUUAAAGCUGAACCGUUGAGAGAGAACACGCAACAAACUUCGUUUAAUAACGGCACUUUCUCCCUCGCAACCCUGAUGUAGAUAAACUCGCCAGCUAAUAUUUGACAAUGAAAUCUAAACUCUUGUUUAUAGUGUAGACUUUGCAGAGAAUUAUUUUUAUUAAUGCAAGCAAGCAAAAAAAAAAAAAAAUUGAGUAAUUUCAUUUUGUGUUUUUUUUUUCCAAAUUCAAAUCGAGAGCAUUGAGAUGGUAAUUUUAAAGACGAUUGUACAACAAAAAGUUAAAAUGCCAUAUUUAUAUAUUAUAUAUCCCAUUGUAUACAUUACAUUUAUAUCAAAUCUCUUUCUAGCAACCACAAAUGGGAAAUAUUGUGUAGGGAUUUACAUAAAAAAAGGUCUUUCAUGAGACAAAACAGUAUAAAGCGUUUAUGAAAUGAAUGCAUUAAGUUGCCUAUUUUUUAUUUACACUCAUCUUUUUUUUGCCUUUUAAUUUAAUGUGUUUAAGUUAAUAGCUAAACGAUGCAGAAAUGAUAUAUUUAUGAAGUGUUUUCUAUCACUGCAAAAUGAACUUGAACUAGGCAAUAGAUUGAAUUCAGUGUAUAUGAACAUGAAACAUAUUGUACAUUUGAACUAAUAUGCAUUAUUUCUAAGGCAGUCUUUAAAGAUGUCAAAUUUACCCGUCAGAAAAGGCCUGUUUCUUAUUCAUGGACACAAAAGUUGCCCUGUAAUUUGUAUACUUCCUUGCAUGUUUGUAUAUACAAUUUUCAGCAGUGUUUUUUUUCCCCAUUUUUUUUUUUUUUUUUUUUGAAGCUGUACAUUUCAUGGCAUUAUUGAAUUAUUUUAUUUUAUUCUACAUGACUCCUAUGAAGUUUCUUUCUUCCUUCUUUUUUUUUUUUUGAGAUAUAAUUAUACAGUAUAGCCACCUCAUUCAAAUACAGCCAAGGGUGCAUUGCCAAGACUUAUGUAUACUACGGACAAAUACUUUUGGGGCAGGUUUGUUACACCUACCAUCAUUUUGAAUAUUGAGCAGAUCUGUCUCUGGGGGGAAAAAAGGAUCUGUAACUUUUACACUUUUUUUAAAGUAAAUUAUUCAAAUCUGAAA